CACAACAGUCCAACAGUCCUUGUCUGCACCCAAUCUUACUGCACUUGCUUUGAGAUCUCAUAGAACAGAGAAAGAAUUUAUGGAGUGAACGAUGCAUGGAGGAAGAAACCAUUUGAAGAAGGAAAGAAGAUGAAGAGGAUGAGAACCAGAGGAGAUAUAUCUGAUACUUUACUAAAGAAUAGUUGAUCAUGCUGUGUCAGUGUAGGUCUCCUUGUAGUGCUUCUGACCACCACCUCUGCCGUUGUGACUCAAAAUGCAGUUUACAUGGUAAUGAUAGAUAACCAGCUGUGACUAGAAGAUAACUGUGCCAGUGGAUACUGCGAGGGACCUCUGAGACGAUCCUACCGUUUGCUACUGAUGGACACAUGCUAGACUUCAUGUCCAAACUGGAGACAUCAGGGAGAGAGACACACUGCAUGCCACCUGGUAUCACCGUACCAACAAGUUAGAGAUGAACAAAGCACUCCAAAGUUCUAUCAUGGUUCUGGAAGCGGUCAACGUGACCACCAGCCCCAUCAACACUCUGGGCCAGUGGCUGGAUGCAGUGCUCCAGUCAAAGAAAGGCAUAAAGCUGGACUUCAAAAGCAUUCAGGCGGUGACUCCCUCCCUGGGCAUCCUGAGCAUGACAAACCAGACUAAAGGGAUGAAGCCCUCUCUCUACUUCCUCAGCUCAGCCUACCACUGGGACCUCCUGUAUGACCCCGUCUCGGUCAACAUGGCCCUGUCCCAUGGUGCCUCCCAGACCCAGGGCUACAUCUCCGGGAGGGGAGUUCCUCCACACAGUCAACCAGAUCUUCUAUAUCACUCUGGCCCCUUGAAGCCCUGGGGGAGGGGUAUUCCAGGGCCAUGGUGGAAGACAUGGAGGAGGUACUGAGGGGGCCCUGGCAAGGAGUGUCACUGCAGGUGAGGGCCGAGCCACUAGGUAGGUCUGUGAAGGGGCAGAGGCUUCAGGAGGGGCAGCCACGAUACUCACUGACAGUGGAGCACGGCAGGAUGGGAUCAGUGAGGAGGCUAGACUACAGGCGAUCAUGGCCAACCUCUGAGAGCAAAGACAGAAGCUUGUUUUGAAUAUCUGAGAACUACCCCACUGGGUAAAAACUGGUUGAAUCAACAUUUUUUCCACAUGAUUUCAACCCCCAAAAAAUCUAUGUGAUGACUGAAAACGGAUAGGAUUUGCAAAAAGUAAUCAACGUAAGUGCAUUCUUUUUUUCACCCAACUUUUUACCAAAAUCCAAUGACAUGGUGACCUUUUUUGUUGAUUUCACAGUGAAUUCAUGUUAGUUGACAACUCAACCAAAUGUAAAUCAAAACUAGACGUUGAGUUGACUUCUGUGCCCAGUGGGACAGGUCUAAGAUGUGAAGACAUGAUCGCCUUAAAAUGGAAGUUUGUUUUGUUGGAUUUAAAGUUAUAAAAAAGAAAAGCAAAUCAUGUCUUCAAUUUCAUCGUAAAAUAUUGAUUGUACAAUUAUUAGCAAUAAUUGUCUACUUGUCGUCAGGAAAGGAGGACCAAAACGCAGCAGGAAUGUGGAUGCUCAUCUUGAUAUUUAUUGAAACCAAGAAAACACCAAAAUAACAAACUACGACGAACCAAACAGUCUUGUAAGGCUCACACACGCAAAACAAGAGACAAUCUCCCACAAACACUAAACCAAACACAUACCCAUAUAUAGGACUCUCAAUCAGAGGCAACGAGAAAGCACCUGCCUCCAAUUGAGAGUCCAACCCCCCAUUAACCUAAACAUAGAAAUACAACCAACUAGACUAAACAUAGAAAUACAUAAACAAGGAACAGUGCCCAAAAACCCCGGAAUACAUAAAUCAAAUACCCUUCUACAAAAACACCACCCCGAACCACAUAAAACAAAUACCCUCUGCCACGUCCUGACCAAACUACAAUAACAAAUAACCCUUAUACUGGUCAGGACGUGACACAACUCUUUUGUAUUUUCUAUUAACUUUUCAAUAUAUCCCCCCUUUUUUUAAAUCGCCUUAGUUUAAGAUACAAUAUUGUAUCUUAGAUAACAAUAUCUUGUGUAAAGUGAAACAUUUAAUAGCCUUGUCAUAAAAAACGAAUUAAUAAAACAUAUCCGACAUAUGAAA